UUAGAAAGAAUUUGAACAGCCACUUGCUGAAACAAUUAGUAGGAUCUCUCAUGGCUUAUUUUUUCUUUUUUCUUUCCCUUUCUCAGAAAGUCUUCUUCAGCCUGAUCAUCUUCUCUCUCAUGCUGGCUGCAUGUCAAGGAGCAUGCUUUAGUGGGCCCUUUGCAGCUGAGAUUAAAGAUGGUAAACCGGUGGUGCCAAUCACUUGUCAUGAUAUAUAUGAUGGGAGAAAGCAUCUCAUUGGGUCCACCUGGAACACAGCUCAUUGUUUAAGAUGCGAAUGCAGCAGAAAUGGAUUGGAUUGCUGUCACAGGUAAGAAGAGGCUCCAGGCCACCUUCAGAUAU